CCGGUCUUUGUGGCUCUCUGCUGCAGGUCCGCGGCUCGCGCCCUGACCGCUCCCGGGCUUCGCGGAAAGAAGAGAUUAACCAAACAAACUGAAAUACAGGACGCAGUUUUAGUGAGCUUCACGCUAAGCUGUUUCAGCCCAGAAUGGCUCUGGAAUCCAGAGCAGUUUCAACCCCAGUACCUCAGAAUUCUCAGGAACAAGAGCUAAUACUGGUGAAAGUAGAAGAAAGCUGUUCUUGGGGUCAGAAACUUAAGCAGAACGGGAGUACCCGAUCCUGCCAAGAAUUGUUUCGCCAGCAGUUCAGAAAGUUCUGCUACCAGGAGACACCGGGGCCCCGGGAAGCGCUGGGCCGACUCCAGGAGCUUUGCUAUCAGUGGCUCAGGCCUGAGUUGCACACGAAGGAGCAGAUCCUGGAGCUGCUGGUGCUGGAGCAGUUCCUGAGUAUCCUGCCAGAGGAGCUGCAGAUCUGGGUUCAGCAGCAUAGUCCAAAGAAUGGCGAGGAAGCCGUGACUCUGUUGGAGGAUCUGGAGAGGGAAUUCGAUGAUGCCGGGCAGCAGGUCCCAGCUAGUCCACAGGGACCAGCAAUGCCUUGGAAGGAUUUGACCUGUCUUGGAGCAGCCCAGGAGUUUACGCAUAUUCAGCGCCAGCCUUUAAAGAAACAGCUGAAACCCUGGGAACCUUGCCUUUCCCCCAAGAGUGGUUGUGAGAAUAAUGAAUUGGCAACAAAGGACAUUUCAGGAGAGAAAUCAAAGAGACUUUCCCAGGAGCCUUCAUUUGGAGGAUUCAGUGAACACAAAAGCAGUGUAGAGUGGCAGCAAGGGAGUGCUCCAGGGGAGACAUUGAGAAGAUCCCCUUCCCAGGGGGCCAGUUUUAGUCCAGUAAUCUUCACACACAAAUCGCUAGGAAACAGAGACCACCCCGAGCCCCAGAGAAACCUGAUUCUAAGCACAAACUCUGUAACGUAUCAGAAAUUUCCUAAAGAAGAGAGACCUUACAGGUGUGACAUCUGCGGGCACAGCUUCAAACAGCAUUCUUCUCUAACACAACACCAGAGAAUCCAUACUGGAGAAAAGCCCUACAAAUGUAACCAGUGUGGGAAGGCCUUUAGUUUGAGGUCCUAUCUUAUUAUUCAUCAGAGAAUCCAUAGCGGUGAGAAAGCUUAUGAAUGUAGCGAAUGUGGGAAGGCCUUCAACCAGAGCUCAGCCCUCAUUAGACAUCGGAAAAUCCACACCGGUGAGAAAGCUUGUAAAUGUAACGAGUGUGGCAAAGCAUUCAGUCAGAGUUCCUAUCUCAUUAUCCAUCAAAGAAUUCACACUGGUGAGAAACCCUACGAGUGUAAUGAGUGUGGGAAAACCUUUAGCCAAAGCUCAAAGCUUAUCAGACACCAGCGAAUUCAUACAGGAGAAAGACCUUAUGAAUGUAACGAGUGUGGAAAAGCUUUCAGGCAGAGCUCAGAGCUGAUAACCCAUCAGAGAAUACAUAGUGGAGAGAAACCCUAUGAGUGUAAUGAGUGUGGAAAAGCCUUCAGCCUGAGCUCAAACCUCAUCAGACAUCAAAGAAUUCACAGUGGAGAGGAACCUUAUCAGUGUAACGAAUGUGGCAAAACCUUCAAAAGGAGCUCAGCCCUUGUGCAGCAUCAGAGAAUCCAUUCCGGGGAAGAGGCUUACAUAUGUAGUGAGUGCGGCAAGGCCUUCAGGCACAGAUCAGUCCUCACGCGCCAUCAGAGAGUCCACACUAGAAUUCAUACUGGAGAGAAACCCUAUCCUUGUAAUUGGUGCAUUAAAAGUUUCAGUCGGAGCUCAGACCUUAUUAAACAUCAAAGAGUCCACACUGGUGAAAAACCUUACAAAUGUGAUGAAUGUGGGAAAGCCUUCAGUCAGAGCUCUGAUCUUAUUAUACAUCAGAGAAUCCAUACAGGAGAAAAACCCUAUCAAUGUAGUCAUUGUAGUAAAAGUUUUAGCCAGCGCUCAGACCUGGUUAAACAUCAGAGAAUCCAUACUGGAGAGAAGCCUUAUACAUGUAACCAGUGUAACAAACAUUUUAGUCAGAGUUCUGAUGUUAUAAAACAUCAAAGAAUCCACACUGGUGAGAAACCAUAUAAAUGCGAUGUGUGUGGAAAAGCCUUCAGUCAGAGCUCAGAUCUUAUUCUACAUCAGAGAAUCCACACUGGAGAGAAACCAUAUCCAUGUAAUCAGUGUAACAAAAGUUUCAGUCAGAACUCAGACCUUAUUAAACAUCGAAGGAUCCACACUGGAGAGAAACCCUAUAAAUGUAAUGAAUGUGGAAAAGCUUUUAAUCAGAGCUCAGUUCUUAUUCUGCAUCAGAGAAUUCACACUGGAGAGAAACCCUAUCCAUGUAAUCAGUGUAGCAAAACCUUCAGUAGACUUUCAGAUCUUAUUAAUCAUCAACGAAUUCACACUGGAGAGAAGCCUUACCCAUGUAACCAGUGCAGUAAAAUGUUUAGUCGAAGAUCGGACCUUAUUAAACAUUACAGAAUUCAUACAGGUGAGAAACCCUAUGAGUGUGAUGAGUGUGGGAAAACCUUUAGUCAAAGCUCAAACCUUAUUCUGCAUCAGAGAAUCCACACUGGAGAGAAACCCUAUCCAUGUAGUGAUUGUACUAAAAGUUUUAGUCGUCGUUCAGACCUUGUGAAACAUCAAAGAAUACACACUGGAGAGAAACCGUACACAUGUAAUCAGUGCAAUAAAAGUUUUAGUCAAAGCUCAGACCUCACUAAACAUCAGAGAGUACACUCUGGAGAAAAACCCUAUCAUUGUGAUUGUUGUGAGAAAGCUUUCAGUCAGAGUUCUGACCUUAUUCUUCAUCAGAGAAUUCACACUGGAGAAAAACCAUAUCCAUGCACACAGUGCAGCAAAAGUUUCAGUCAGAACUCAGACCUUAUCAAGCACCAGAGGAUCCACACUGGGGAAAAACCAUAUAAAUGUAAUGAGUGUGGGAAGGCUUUCAGUCAGUGUUCAGCUCUUGUCCUACAUCAGAGGAUCCAUACUGGGGAGAAACCAUACCCAUGUGAUCAGUGUGGCAAAGGCUUUAGUCGGCGCUCUGAUCUCAUUAACCAUCAAAGAGUCCACACGAGUGAAAAUCCAUAUAAAUGUGAUGUGUGUAGAAAAGCCUUCAGCACAUGCACUGAUCUUACUGAACACCAGAGAAUCCACAUGAGAGGGAAACCACACAGGUGCGUUCAAUGCAGUAGAAGUUUUAGCCAGCUCGCUGAUCUUAAUCAUCAUGAGAAAAUUCAUGCUGGGGAAGACGCUUUGAAUGUGGGAAAACCUUUAGUGUAUACCCCAACUUUAUUCAGUACUAGAGAUGCUCUGCCAGAAAAAAAUCUUAGGAAUGCUAUUGAUUAUGAAAAAGGUUUUAAUCAAUGUUCAGCUCUCAUGCUACAUUAAAAAAACACACACACUAGAGAGAAAACAUAGUAAUUCAAUUUUUGUAAUGAAAAGUUUAACUCAGAGCUCAGACAUUACUAAAAAAUUCUGAGAACGAAUCCUGUGGGUAGAGGGAAAAUCUUUAAUGUGAAAAAAAUUUACUGAAUGUCAGCAACAAUGGAAAAAAAUUUCUGUCUGCUGUAAUGUAAGAAAAGCUCUAGUCUUUGAAUCAAAUACAAUCCACAAGAGGAAAGUUUCUAUCAUAAGAAAUGACUCACAGUGAUAAUGCAGAAUGUUACCAGAUAUUGUAAAAAUCAGUGUGGUGGCAUGUGUAAUCAGAGCUCAAAAAGUGUAUUAGUGUUAUAAUCUCACACCUUUAGUGAGCCCAGAUCACCCGUUGCAGAGAAGUUAUUUUAGAGAAUGUAGGGAAAACUUAAACCCUUCCCUUAUCUUGUCAUUCACUCUGCUAAUUGGCAUACCACUUAUCUCCUGACAGCUGGAGAGUUCUACUUUAUGCUAAUUCUAGCUAUUAAAUUCCCUGAGUGUGAACAUGCUAUGCUAUUCUGAUAUUAAACUUAACUACAAAACUCUAGUGCCCCAUUUUCUGAAAGAUUUUUUUUUUUUCGUGGCUAAGUUUUGUUCUUCCUAGUGAGCACAAGUUUUCAAGUUUCUGUGAUGUUCACAGCAAACAUGAAUUUGUUUUCCUCUUAAUUCAGCCCAUCCAUAAACUGUAGAGGUUUGAAAUUAUUUCAACACUAUCACUUACUGGCAGCUUCUGAAUAUAUGAAAUAAUUGUUUUAAAUUCCAUAUGUUAAAGUAUGAAGAUUACUACUGUGUUUAUCCUGUCAUCUAUAGAUUGAGCAAAAUGUUUGGCUAAAGUAAUAACCUUCAUGACUAAUUCAUAGAGCAUAUUCUGUCUACAAGUAAAAAGAUCUGUUGAUCUUUUUUUAAUGGCAACAUUCAUCAGACUUUGUUUUGUUUGUUGAUUUCUGACAUACAUACUGAUAAUAGGCUAUGUAUACUUGAUAUUUUCAACUGAAAAAUAGUUUUUUUUAAAGUAAGAAAACCUGUCUUUCUGGUAUUAACCAUUUGUUAAAAUUCUGCUACUGUUGUUUACUUUGACUAUCCCCCAUAAUUAUCCAAUUAAUAUUUUAAUACACAUUGUUAAAUUA